AUGGCUAUUGAUGACAGUCAAACCGCCGAUAUUGCCGUGGGGCAAAAGUUCACCGGUCACAAGAGGCGAGAUAGCGUAGCAGUCGAUGGCAGUGUCGCUGGAGAGGCCCUGGAUGUGCAUCUGGACCCGGCACUGGAACGCAGGCUACUGAUGAAACUCGAUAUCGCUUUUGUACCUAUCAUCAUGCUGACCUACCUGUCAUGCUUUCUAGACCGGUCGAACAUAGGCAAUGUCAAGGUAGCCGGUAUGCCUGAGGACAUUCGUGCCUCAGACAGUCAAUUCUCCACGGCUAUUUCCAUCUUCUACGUCACAUAUGUCCUAUUUGAGUCGCCAUGGGCUGUUCUCAUGAAGAAACUGACGCCUCGGAAUAUUCUGACGGGACUUUGUAUUGUUUGGUCCUUGACCACGGUCUUUUCUGGUUUCAUCGACUCGGUGGCAUCGCUCUAUGCGACGCGUUUGAUUCUCGGAGCAUGCGAGGCUGGAUUGUUCCCGUGUCUGAACCUGUAUCUGACGAUGGUGUACCGGCGUGAGGAACAGGCCAAGAGAGUCUCCUACUUGCUGAGCUGUGCUGCCAUCUCUGGGGCUGUGGGUGGACUGCUAGCUUACGGACUCCUUCACAUGGAUGGAGUUGCCGGCAAAGCUGGAUGGAGAUGGGUCUACAUUAUUGAGGGAAUAUUCAGCGCUCUCUGUGCUGUACUGAUCUGGUUCGGCCUGCCGAACAACCCCGCGGAGGCCUAUUUUUUGAAUGAGGAAGAAAAGUGGAUGAUGCGCGUUCGCAAUGAACAGCGCCGUAAAUAUAUGGGCAAUGAGGAAUUCAGCUGGCAGGAGAUGCGCAUCGCCCUGACUGAUCCGAAGCUUUUCUUCUCCGGUCUCAUUCAGUUCUGCCAAGACAUUCUUCUGUAUGGAUUCAGCACAUUUCUCCCGACCAUUCUCAAGGGCAUGGGUUACAACACGUUGAUGAGCAACGUCUUGACGGUUCCGGUUUAUAUCUGGGCGGCCGCUGUCUUUGUAUUUCUGGCAUUCUGUUCGGACCGAUAUUCUAAAUUUGCUUCGUUCAUUUUCGCAUCAAACAUUUUCGGCAUCGUUGGAUACAUUCUUCUGUUGACCGUCUCACACAAACCCGUGCAAUAUUUCGCAACUUUCCUGAUCGGAAUCUCGACAUAUACUGGCGUAGGGUUGAAUGUUGCAUGGAUCAACGUGAAUGUGGCCCCCCAGUACCGACGUGCGCUUGAGAUUGGACUUCAGCAGACAAUUGGCAAUUGUGCUGGCAUUGUCGCUGGUCAGAUCUAUCGCAACCCGCCUUAUGUGCUGGGCAACUCGUUCUCACUCGGCGCACUGGUGGUAUCGCAGAUAGGUGUUACCUUUUUUGGAUUCUAUCUACGACGGGAGAAUCAAGUCAAAGCUCGGAUCGAGAAUGAUGAGGUCCAAGAUACCCGACGAGUUCAGACCGGCGAUGCCGCGGUCGAUUUCAAGUAUCUCUACUAA